CCACUCCCACCAACAACACUCCGCCCAUAUGACUGCGUAGUCUACUGUUAACGGAACAAUAGUGUUUUAUGUUUCUUUCAUGUAUCUUUGAGCCUAUAUGAGCUGAACCUCCACAGAUAUAUUCACAUACGGUGACAGGCGCGGACGGAGUGUAAAAUAAGUAUGUCUCGAGAGCAGAAAGCAGUGGAGCGUGCCAGAAAGGCUUUCUUCACAGGCCGGACCAAAUCAUUGGACUACCGCAUUACCCAAUUAAAAAACCUGCUGCGCUUCGUUAAUGAAAGACAAAAGGAAAUCGCAGAGGGUCUCAAAAAGGAUCUUAGUAAGAGUGAGUUUGGAACGCCUUUAUAUGAGACCCUUGGUAUAGAGAGUGAGAUUAACCAGGCCGUCAGCAAGCUGAAAGAAUGGGCAGCUCCUCGACCCGUGACCAAAAACCUUCUGACCAUCACCGAUCAGGUCUACAUCCAGCCCGAACCUUUGGGGGUUGUGUUGGUCAUCGGAGCCUGGAAUUACCCUUGGGCUGUGACCAUUCAGCCCCUGAUAGGAGCUAUAGCAGCAGGUAAUGCAGCUGUGAUCAAGCCAUCUGAAGUCAGUGCACACACGGCCAAAGUAAUGGAGGAUCUCUUACCUCUCUACCUGGACAAAGAGCUGUACCCUGUUGUCACCGGUGGGGUGACGGAGACCCAGGAGUUGCUGAGACAGCGUUUUGAUCAUAUCUUCUACACUGGUAAUGGUACAGUGGCUAAAAUCAUCAUGGAGGCUGCAGCUAAACACUUAACCCCUGUCACGCUGGAGCUGGGUGGAAAGAGCCCGUGCUACAUUGACAAAAACUGUGACCUCGCUGUUGCCUGCCGACGUAUUACAUGGGGGAAGUAUACAAACUGUGGUCAGACCUGCAUUGCUCCAGAUUUCAUACUGUGUGAGCCCAGUAUCCAAGACAAAGUCAUUGAAGAGAUCAAGAAGAAUAUAAAGGACUUCUAUACUGAAAAUCCCAAAGCAUGCCAGGAUUAUGGACGCAUCAUCAAUCAGCGCCACUUCAAGAGAGUGAUGGCAAUGCUGGAGGGCAGCACUAUUGCUGUAGGGGGAGAAAAUGAUGAAUCAGACUGCUACAUUGCUCCGACUAUUUUAAGGGACGUGAAGCCGGAUGCAAAGGUGAUGCAGGAUGAGAUCUUUGGUCCUCUGUUGCCCAUCAUAACAGUGAGCGGUCCAGAUGAAGCCAUCAAAUUCAUGAACCAGAGAGAGAAGCCCCUCGUUAUGUACGUCUUCUCUCAAGACAAGAAGCUGAUUAAGCGCAUGAUUGCAGAGACAUCUAGUGGUGGAGUCUUGGCCAAUGACUGUUUGAUCCACUUCUCAGUCAGCACUUUGCCCUUCGGUGGAGUUGGUAACAGUGGGAUGGGCAGCUACCACGGCCAGUUUAGUUUUGACCGGUUGAGUCACCUGCGUGGCUGUCUUAUCAAACAGCUGAAGAUGGAGGGAGUGAAUAAGAUGCGUUACCCACCACAUACAGCGGAGAAGCUGGGCUGGGCACGCUUUUUAAUUCUCAAACAGGUCGACUUUGGCAGCCUGGGCCGCAUAGCACUGCUGGCUCUGCUGGUGGUGUUUGUUGCAGUGAUGUUACAGAGAUACACUGACUAAAAAUGUGCAAUAUUAUGAAGAAAGUUCAUCUUUACCCUGAAGACAGAUGUUGGGUGAAUGGGAAUGUACAAGUGCUGCUUCUCUCUUUUGCCUUAUAUUGUCAUGGGCCUCGAAACAGGCCACAAAUCAUUUCAACAGUUAAACAUGAUGUUAUUUUUAAAAGUAAUAUAACAUUUUAAUGAUGUUACGAGUAGUGAAUGGAACAUUUGCAAUAUCUAAAGCACUUUAAUCAGUGUUUAUUUUAAUUUACAGACCAUUGCUCUCCCAUCCAUCAUGUUUGGGUUGUUUUUAAAUGAAGGAAAUGAAACGCUAUCGGAAUACAGUCGAUUUUAUGAUGCUGUAUUCUUGAGUAAUAGAAACACUUUACUUAAACUAUGCUAUUUUAAAUAAGAUGUCCAGCAUUUUAAAGAAAUGCACAUUUCAAACAGAAUAAAUGUCAACAUUAUACAGCCAACGUUAGACAUUUCCUUGGCUGAUAUGUUAUACCUCUUAAUAUGAUGGUUAUAUGGUCCAGUCUGUUUCAUGAUUAGAAAGUUUUUUCUAAAAUAUAAAAUACUAAUUCAUGAAUGUUAAAUGUUUCAGGUAUAAGACAGUAGACCAAAGAUGUGUAUACAUACUAAACGUGACCCUGGACUACAAAACAUGAGGGUACAUUUUUUGAAAUUGAGAUCAUCUGAAAGCUUAAAGGUGCAGUGUGUAAUUUUUAGAAGGAUCUCUUGACAGAAAUGCAAAAUAAUAUACAAAACUAUAUUAUCAGGGAUGUAUAAAGACCUUUCCUAAUGAACCGUUAUGUGUUUAUUACCUUAGAAUGAGACGUUUUUAUCUACAUACACAGAGGGUCCCCUUAAAUGUACGUCGCCAUUUUGGGCCGCCAUGUUUCUACAGAAGCUCUUAACGGACACAUUCUUUUUUACUAAGUUGUCUCCGACAAUGACAUGUUUGUCCGGUGGUGGCUACAGUAGCUUCUCUAUGUGUUUCAAAAGCGAGGGGUGGCAGUGGACUGAGCCGUUGGUUGCAAUUCACAACCUCACCACUAGAUGCCGCUAAAAAUUACACACUGCACCUUUACAUAACAAGAUGUUUGGGUUGGUAAGAUUUGGUAAAAAAUAAAUAAAUAUUGGGAAAAUCACCUUUAAUGUUGUCCAAAUGAAAUCCUUAGCAACUUCACAAAAAGUUUUGUAUAUUUAUGGUAGGAAAUUUACAAAAUAUCUUCAUAUAACAUGAUCUUUACAUAUCCUAAUAAUUUUGGCAUAAAAGAAAAAUAUAUAAUUUUGACGCAUACAAUGUAUUGUUAGCAAUUGCUACAAAUAUACCCGUGUGACUUAAGACUGGUUUGUGGUCCAGGGUCACAUAUGUUAUAUGGAUAGCUUAUAGAUAAACUAUAUCUGAAGGAUUUCCAUUAAACUUAUCAUAUGUGUAUUAUACUGUAGUAAUAUUACUGAUUCAAAGAGUUGUAUCACAUAGCUACAGUGAUUUUUAAUAGCACAAUAAACAUUUUACACAGC